CCGCCAUCUGUCAGAGAGCAGCUAUCCGGCCAAGACACUCUCCACAAGGCUAAUUAGAAAGCCAGGAGAAUACAGAUCCAGAGAGGAAAAAAAGAAAUCUCCAAAACACACUUUUCUGUCUGGUACUGCUCAAGGCAGUGACAAUGGAGGACACGUACCUGCUGAACCACCCAGGAGUCAAGAAGAAGAUUCUGGCAGGAGGCUCAGGACCGCUGCCACACCUUCCACCUGGGACAAAGCUGGUUUUCCAUUUCCAGACGCUACUGGACGACUUUGAGCGAACACUCAUUGAUGACAGUCGACUGGCAGGCCGGCCGGCUGAGAUAUUUGCCGGAAAGAUGUUCAAGAUGGAAGUCUGGGAGACCCUGCUGGGGUCCAUGAGGAUCGGAGAGGUGGCAGAGUUUUGGUGUGAUGCUUUACACACAGGCUUGUACCCCAUCGUGUCCAAGGGAAUGAGGCUUGUUGCUCAAGGGAAAGACCCCCUGGAGGGCCAGAGACACAUGUGUGGCAUGGGAAACAUGUUCAACUAUCACUCUACAGGUUAUCCAGAGCUGGACGAGCUGAUGAGGACUCCUCAACCACUUAUAUUCAUCAUGGAGCUGUUGCAGGUGGGAGACCCCAUGUCCUACCAAAGGGAGUCGUGGAUGAUGGAAAAAGAUGAGAAGCUGCAGAUGGUCCCAAUUCUCCACAUGCAGGGCAAUGCUCUGGUCAAACAGAGAAAAUUCAGAGAGGCUGCCAGCAAGUACAAAGAGGCCGUCCUGCUGCUGAAAACAGUCCAGUCCAGAGAGAUGCCGGGUGAUAUAGACUACAUCAAUCUGGGACGAAUGAUCAUUCCGCUGGAGUUAAACUACUGCCAGUGCAUGUUGGAGCUGGAGGAGUAUUAUGAAGUUAUAGAGCACACCACCGAACUGCUGGACAAACACAAAGACUGUGUGAAGGGCUACUACAAGAGAGCCAAGGCCCACGCCGCGGUGUGGGAUGAGAAGGAAGCCCGGAGAGACUUCAACAUGGUGGCCCACCUGGACGCCACUCUGAUCUCUCUAGUCCACCGAGAGCUGAAGGACCUGUCAGAGAGCAUGAAGGAGAAGUACUGGGAGGAGAAGGAGCAAUACUGGAACAUGCUGGAGAAAAAGGAAGGCAAAAAUGAAGAGGUGGAGAAACAGGAGGAGGAGGAUGAGGAGGAGGAAGUGGAAGAAAAGGGAAAGCAAGAGGACACUAAAGAUGAAGUUGGGGAAGAAGAAGGUAAAAAGCUAUCUCAGUCUAUUCACUGUGUUGAAGCCAAUGAAGAAGAGCUCAGGGGAAAUAAGGUUACACCAGCAGAGGGAACGGUUAAUGAAGAGGAAGCCGGCUCUUCUGAAAUCAAUCCAAAUGCUGCAAAUAACACAGAGGGGAAGGACUGGCAACAGAUGUUACGGCUGAUCAUGAUGCUGCAGAACGAAGGGAACUUCCUCAUGAAAGAAAACCAGUUAAAAGAAGCUUCUCUAAAGUUCAAGGAGGCCAUCGAGUAUGUGGACUUCCUCCAGAAUAUGCAGGUGGUGGAUCAACAGGGGGAGGACUGGGAGUCGCUGGAAAAAGUGUGUCUUCCACUGAGUCUUAACCUCAGCCAGUGCAUGCUGGAGCUAAAAGAAUACCAGCAGGUGGUGGAGCUCAACAACAAGCUGCUGAAGAAGCACAAAGGUAACUUUAAGGCUGUUUAUCAGCGGGCACGAGCACAUUGUGCUUUGUGCAACGACGAGAAAGCUCGGAGGGACUUGAAUAUGGUGGAGAAAUUGGACCCAUCGUUCAAACCCUACGUCCACCUAGAACUGAAGAAGCUGGGUGAGAGUGUACGCGUCAUGCAGUCCCGCCAGAAUAAGACUUACUGGGAUACAACACAGGAGAAAUGGGGGCCUGAUGGGAGCAAGACAAAGAGUGCAGCAAGAAAGAAGAAUGUCAGAUUUGCACAGAAAACCACUGAUGAAAAAACCAAAGCAGAUAAGAAGACAGAAGUCAGUAAGAUAGAAGAUGAGGAAAACUCAGAGAAGCUCGCCCCUGCUGAGACAGAGGGAGGGGAUGACGCAGGAACAGGGAAAGAUCCAGAUGUGAAAGCAGAGCUGAGUAAUAAAGGGCUAGAGAGUGGGAGAGCAAGUGAAGAGGGCUUAGAUAAUGAAAAUACAGAGAGUGUCGCAGUUCAUGGGGACGGGCAGGGUGCACCAGAUAAUCGAGCGACAGAUAAAGAUAGCGGUCCCGAGCCCACCGGCAUAGGAAAAGAUAAUGUAGUGAGCAACAGAUCAGAGCAGGAUAAGGUCACAGAGAAGGUCAAAUGUCCAUCAAAAGGUGAACUGGCCCAAAGAGAAGCAGCCGAGGGGAACAAAGCCACCUGUUAUAAGACAGGAAAUGAUGGCACUCAAUCAGAAUAGACCAAUAGUAGCAGAUGAUCAAAGGGGAAGCUGAGGGAGAGAAGAAUAUACCAUAGACUAACAGCAAUAUGGAUAUAGAAAGUAAAACAGCAGCGGAGACAAGUGAUGAACAGCCAAGCUUCAAUAGGAAAUAUUUAUUCUGCCUCAUACAAAUCCAAAUAUAAAUAGAAUGAGAAAAAUUAAUAUCAACAACCUGCAUUUGGCCCCAUUCUGAGUUAAGUUUCAUUAUUCAGUUCUCAAAGGGAUAAGUGCAGCAACAGAACAUAAACACAGGAAGAUGAGGAGUUUGCCAAAUACAAAGAUUUUAUUUCUGUACACAAAGAGUAGAAAGCAGCCAGUAACCCACUCGUUAUUACAGUAAAAAGCCUUUCUUCAGAAAACGUUUUUAUACAGAUUAAAAACUCCAGAGAAAGGACAGCAAGAAGUGUUUAAGUGCUGGACAAUAACUUAAAAUAAAAACCAUUAAACAAUUAACAUUUGAAUAAUUAAUGAGGUAUAUUAACGGUGAUUAAAAUAAAAAAACUCAGAUCAUCAGUAUGAUAUGAGUGUGUGUGUAAUUAUGUUAGUCAACAGAUUAGUUGAUUCAUUGCCCUGUAAUGUGAGAGGUGACACACUAGCUUAGAUGCAUCAUAAUAGCAAACAUGGAGGUUGUAAAGCAAAGACGGGGGGGGGGUGGGGGUGGGGGUAAUGAUCAUUAGCACGUUGGCCGGCUACAUGCAGUCUUGACAGAGAAAGCAGUGUCCUCUGGGGUUGAUGUGGAGAGCCUUCUUCUUCAAUCACACAGCUUCAGUCACGCCACAGGGAGCAGGUCAUGUUCUGUGUGUUUGGGGAAUAUAGGGAGCCACGAACAGCAUAGAAAUGUGUACAUGGAUCAGACCCCAGAUGAUCACACAGUCAAAGAGAAACGACUGUCCUGCAGCUGGUUGACUGUAGAAGUUAAUUUAGACGCUGCUGUCAAACAGUGGGUGACACAUGGGGACAAACGGUGUAUGUCAUGUAACCACCUACUGUAUUUAUUUCCAUCCGCCUCCUCUAUACUGUCUUAAAAUAAACACAAUGCUGACAGGCAGCCCCAUUGGGAGUUCCUCCUCUUCUUUUUUCUCCCACAAUUUCACUGUUACAUCAGUUUGUGUGCCCACAAACAGAAGUAUCGGGUUCAUCAAUGUGUAAUGAGAUGUGUGAAUACAAAUAAAUGAAUGCCUAUG